GUAGAUCUGCAGGUGCAAAGAUUCCUGACAUUGCAGCAGCAGCUCGACUUGUUUUCCAGAGGAGUAAGUCGCCUGAGAUGGACUUUGGUAACAGUCGUCCCACUGGAGAACAAAAUGUCAAGGUGUCUUAUCAGUAUCAUCCUGACAUUGGGCACUACCACUAUGGGGAAAAGCAUUACAUGAAGCCUGCCCGAGUCAAGAUGACACACAGCUUGGUCACCGCUUAUGGGCUGCAAAAGAAAAUGGAAGUUUCGACGCCGACUCCUGCCACUUUCAAGGAGAUGAGCAAGUUUCACUCUGACGACUAUUUAGAUUUCCUUCGACGAGUUACACCCGAGGAUACAGACGAGAUCAUGAAGUAUCAGGCGCGAUUUAAUGUGGGCGAUUUCUGUCCAGAUUGUCCGGUAUUUGAAGGCCUUUACGAGUUUUGCUCCCUGUCUGCUGGCGGUUCCAUCGCCGGAGCAAAGAAAUUGAACAACGGACAAGCAGAUAUAGCUAUCAACUGGGGCGGCGGGUUGCAUCACGCAAAACGUGGCGAGGCCUCUGGCUUUUGUUAUGUAAACGACAUUGUCCUUGCAAUUCUCGAACUACUCAAGUACCAUCAACGGGUUCUCUACAUAGAUACCGACGUACAUCAUGGCGACGGUGUGGAGGAGGCUUUCUACACCAACGAUCGGGUGAUGACGGUUUCGAUUCACAAAUUUGGAGAAUUCUUCCCUGGUACCGGUGCUUUAAAUGAUGUCGGCAUCGGCAAAGGCAGGAAUUAUUCUGUGAACGUACCGUUGAAUGACGGGAUUGAUGAUCAGUCGUACGAACAUCUAUUUCGUUCGGUGAUAUCACAUGUCAUGGAAUGGUAUAGGCCGGGUGCUGUGGUACUGCAGCUUGGCGCAGAUUCGCUAGUAGGUGACCGAUUAGGUGCUUUCAAUCUGUCAAUGCGAGGUCAUGCACAGUCUGUUGAAUUCUUAAAGACUUUCAAUGUCCCACUUAUUUUGGUGGGAGGUGGAGGCUAUACGGUUCGAAAUGUUGCACGCGCAUGGUGCUACGAAACCAGUCUAGCGGUCGGCGUGGAGGUACCCGAAGAUUUACCGUACCACGAAUAUUACGAGUAUUAUUGCCCCGAAUAUCGAUUAGACAUCCCAGCUAGUAACAUGGAGAAUUUGAACACACGGGAUUAUCUCGAAAAGAUAAAGAUUGCAACAAUUGAAAACUUGCGACAUGUAGCGCAUGCUCCGAGCGUGCAAAUGCAUCAUGUUCCGUACGAUGACUGGUCAUCAGACGAUGAUGAGGAAGAAAAUAACAAGGACGAGCGGAUAACACAGACGAUGUCAGAUAAGUAUCGAAUCCCCGACAAUGCCUUGUCCGACUCCGAAGACGAAGGUGUAGGUGGACGAAGAGAUCGACAAUCAUACCGAAACGCAAAGCAUAAGGAGUUACGCGAACGUAUUGGUGGAUCUCCGCGUGGCUCGCCGGCCCCUCGACGCACGCUGCGUGAUCGGACGGCGAAAAGAGAAUCUGAAGAGAUGACUUCGAUUAUACAGUCUCCCAAAGCCACGGAUAUGUCCGCAAACGAACCAAAAGGGACCACGAUUAUGGAUAUUGUGGCUAAGGAAGAGCUGGAACAAACCCCACAAUUGGCGGAGGAUGACGAUGCUAAUAUGGCGGAUGCGGAGCCAGACGCAGAUGAAGACGUCAUGGAUCUUGACGAGGACGCGACCCCACCUGUACGUCGUACAUCUCACACCUUGACAGGUGCAUCCUUGCACAGCCCAACACCAAGUAGUCCAAACAAAUUGCGUGCCGUUCAAGAACCGGUGAAGGAGGUUAGUGAGGGGAAAAGCAGCGACGAAGUGUCACAUGUUGCAACAGAAGGGAACGUGAAUGGCAAUGGCCAGCAAGCAUUUGCCACACAACAAGCAUUUGCCAAUGGUGCAAGCAGUACAGGUCCCAGAUUUAUGGAAAUGAACCCGACCAACAACCGAGAGACAAAGGAAGGGUGAGGGACACGGGGUUGUUUUAUCUUACGAUGGGCGACGAGCUUCGUGUAUAUACGGGGGUGAUAGUUUUUUGGGGCUUUCAACUUUGGUUGCUGUCCACAUUUGCGUAAUGCGUUUGUAUUUUUAAGAAUGCUAUUAAUGUUUCAGUUUUAAUUCUUCUGGGGUUGUCGAGCAAAUGAGCUAUCCCGACGCGUAAAGCAUACGCCGUGACGCCCACG